AAUUUUACAGUUCCAACAAAUUAUAGGAAAAAAAGAAAAAAGAAAACAAAAUCAAGAAGAAAACUGAAUCGGAUCUCUAUGGCGAGCACUGCAACUCAAGACGAUGACAACAAAAAAAUCACAUUAAUUCGGUGAAGCCCCAUCGUUCCCUCUCUACCUUAAUUGGUCUUAAACCCUAAUAGUCUCCACCAUUUCGUUAAUACCUUAUUGAUCGGUUUGGUUUAAGAUUGUCCACGGUUCAAUGCAAUGGUGGUCUGUAAAUGCAGAAAGGCCACUAAACUAUAUUGUUUCGUGCACAAAGUCCCUGUUUGUGGAGAGUGCAUCUGUUUUCCGGAGCACCAAAUAUGCGUGGUCCGUACAUACUCAGAAUGGGUAAUAGAUGGCGAGUAUGAUUGGCCUCCUAAAUGCUCCCAGUGUCAAGCUGAGCUUGGAGAGGGGACUGGUUCACAAACCACUCGUUUGGGUUGCUUGCAUGUUCUACACACAAAUUGCUUGAUUUCACAUAUCAAGAGCUUUCCUUUGCAUACGGCACCAGCUGGAUACGUGUGUCCUGCGUGUUCCACUUCAAUAUGGCCUCCCAAGAGUGUGAAAGAUUCGGGAUCCCGUCUUCAUUCAUUGCUCAAGGACACUAUUAUGAUGACUGGUCUGGAGAAGAAUUUGUUCGGAAAUCAUCCAGUUUCAUUGGCAGCAACAGAGUCCCGUGGGCCUCCUCCUGCAUUUGCCUCAGAUCCUCUAGUUACAUCAUCUACUGGAGGCAUGGAAAACAGUGCGGGUUUGUUGCCCUUGGUAGUACAAAAUGAAAUAACUGUUGCAGAAGGAGGGUCUUCCAAACUUUCAGUGACAGAUCCUUUGGAGAUAGAUGGUCCGAGUACAGCUGGGAAUUUUGUGAGAAGCUCGAGCCCUCCUGGUGCUACAACACGAAAGGGUGCCUUCCAUGUUGAACAACAAAAUUCUGAAAUUUCAUAUUAUGCAGAUGAUGAAGAUGUGAAUCGUAAGAAGUAUACUAAAAGGGGUCCAUUCCGGCAUAAAUUUCUUAGAGCUUUGCUUCCUUUCUGGUCAAGUACAUUACCAACUUUACCAGUGACAGCACCCCAGCGAAAAGAUGUGUCAAGUGCCAAUGAUGGGCCCGAAGGUCGUGUGCGGCAUCAAAGAUCAUCAAGGAUGGAUCCGAGAAAAGUCCUGCUUUUUAUUGCACUCAUGGCAUGCAUGGCAACUAUGGGUAUUUUGUAUUACAGACUAGUGCAGCGGGGUCUUGGUGUGGGGCUGCCUGAAGACGAACAGCAGUGAAUAUGAGUAGAAUUGUGAUGCAUAUAAAAAUAGAGAAAUGAUAUUUGCAGUCGUGGUUGUGCAAGCGACGUGCAGUCGUUUUGAAAAAAAUGAAUUAAUAAGAGAUCUACAUGAAAAAAAAAAUUAAUUUUUUAAUCGUGGACCUCACUCUUUUUCAAAACAAUUACGCGACGUUUGCAAUUCCACGACUGUAUGUAGCAUUGCUCAUCAGAAUAUUGAGACCUACUGGUUGCUGGUGUUUCUGCUGUUGUGUUUAUGUUUUCGUCCUCUCUGUGGACAUGUUGCAAGAGAUGCAAGUGGAUUGUGGGGAAAUUUCAUUUCAGUGAUGACGAUGGUGAUAAGUUACACAUAUUUGCUUUAUAAUUUUUUUUUUUCCCCUUAAAAGCCUUUACCCUUGUUUUCUGGGUUUGUUUUGAAUCGAGUUGGAAGUUAAAAGGAAAGUGAUUUGUUCAAA